GUGGCGUGCCACUGACUGCAGGCUACAUACACACUGCAUGCCUGUGGCACAUCACCACACGGCGGUACUACUACUGUAAGCGGCUGUUAUCACGAGAGGGAGAUAUUGGAAGGAGGUAACGGAGAAUGCGAGAGCCAAAAGCCAACCACUGCUCAGUGCUCUGCAGCUAGAUCAAGCACUGUCUACAGUAACAGGCACAGCAGGGGAAAUCCAGCUUGGAAGCGUUGAGGGAGGAGGUGAAGGAAAUGGCGCAUCGAGGUACACUUUCACCCCGUUGGCAAGGGGCAACCUCUACUUCCUCUGCCCGGUCCAGGGGGGCUGAUGUACCUGAUGAGGAGAAGGAGAUUCUUGCAGACCCGGAGCGCUCGGGCCCGGUUCACGCCAUUCGGGCUCGAGCUCCAAGCAGCUACCGCUACAUCUUUCUCGCCACGCUUGAAGGGGUCUUGUCGGCUUCUUCUUUUCGUUCUGCACGCGCCGUCUCUGUGCCGAUAAUUAGCGCCUUCCCUCUCCACAACCCAGCCGAGGAGGCGUUGAUUUCAGCAUCAGCAUCAGCUUUCGCCGUUGCUGCAGCAGUGCGUUCCGGCGCCGCGCUAGCCCUGGGGACGCCUUUCUUUCUCUUGGCAGCACGGUGCGCUAUUCUGGCCCUGAGCCGCGUGAGGAUUCCAGCGGUGCAGAGGCUACAGCUACAGCAACCCAGGCUGGGAUUUCCCCUGCCCACGGGAGUGGACGAGAACGUUGCGGUGGACCUGUACAUAAUCGGCUUGGCGGCGGCGGUGUUGGGCGGGUGUGUACCGGCGCUCGAGAUGGCGGGAAUCUUGUUGGGGGUUUCUCUCAAGGGAAGGUCACCUGUGUGGGUCGUUUCGGCUUUCGUUGUGUUGAUUCCCGUGGUAUAUCUGGCCCUGGGCGCGUGGCUAAACCUCAGUUCACCAGGUGAAGGGUUCGUCGCCCGCACGAGGCCCACCACAGCGAUGUGGGGACUGUCCGCAGCGGGGCACGUUAUUCUGCUAGCCGGGUGCUUUUAUUCUCCGGACGUGUCGAGAACUUUGGGCUUUUUGCUUGGACUGGUGCACAUCGUGAGGACGCUGCUCCCCGCCUUCGCUUAUCCUGCGGGCUCGGGGGCUGCGGCGAGUGAAGAAGACGACAUGGGUGCAUCGGCGCACCUCUGAUUGUGUCGGGUUUUUCAUUGUAUUGAUGUGCUUGGUUGGUAACGCGGGAACCCUCGAGCGUGCUGGCUGAGGCGUUGGGAUGACAAGAAAAAGAAACUACUUAGACUAACGGGUGUAUGGUUGAACUUCUUUUGUUGCGGGAAGUUUGGGGAGGACACAACAGAGCGAUACAUCGCACACGUGUCAUAUUUAUCUGUUAUAUUCUAGGUCCAUGUUAUCCUUGGCCCUCACUUUGCGCAGAACUCUUCUACGACCACUGGUUUACCGAGCACUGCGCUUCGACUAAUGCUGUAUGUAAAUGCUCUGGUGCGGUUUCCAAGAGUUUAAAAUGUAGUAUGCUGCUGUAGCUUGGCUGAGUAGGACCAAGGGUAGACUACCUCUUCUUGUUCCCCUCCUAACUUGGGCAGGAGAAGGGGCCGGAGGAGGGUAAUCUUGAGAUGAAAGCAAACCACCAGCAUGUAGGGCAAAUGGAUCGACGUGUUGCGUGCAAUGUGUUCCAUUCCAAGUCGUGAGUGGUGUGUAGAUACUUGCACACGGUUCCACAUCGUAUUGGUUGCGCCUACAGCACGCAGUGACGAGCGAACUAACUGCACAUCCGAUUUCCAUUCUUCACUACUUACUGCAGUCGAUUUUUUCUUCACGCGUAGUAGUACUGACCGGAGACAGCAGCAGUAGGCAAAUAAGGCUUAUCUAUGUAUUGAUCUA